AUGGAUGACAUUGGUGAAGUUGGUACCCCCUCAGAUGAGCAUCUUAGAUGGUCCCACACUAUUCUGUUGAAUGGACCUGACCGGACGUUUAGAAUCGGGUACAGAAACGUGGAUGGUAAAGACCGCAUCUGGGAAGGAGUAGAAAGGAAGACACGCGCCGCAGGCAGCUCAGUCGACGCGGUCCACAUCGUUGCCGUGUUAAAGAAAGAAACCGGCCCAGAGCUCCUGCUCCAGCGACAGUUCCGCCCGGCUGUGGGCAAGCUCUGCAUUGAACUUCCCGCUGGACUGCUUGAUAAAGGCGAAACCGUCGAACAGUGCGCGAUCCGCGAACUCGCAGAAGAGACAGGCUACGUCGGUACCAUCAAGUCGGAUUCGUAUGGGAACAGCCCAAAGCUUUUCGGCGUUCCUGCUCUGUCAUGGUCCAUGUUGACAUAG